ACAUGCCUGUAGUUCUGUUUCCGUGUGUUUGUCUUGUCUUUACCGUGGUCUGAGCGGACAUACAAACGCUGUACUAUCGGUCAUUUACACAGCAACACGUCCAUCCAUCCUUUUAGGGUUGCUCAUAAAGCUUUACACCAUCCGCCGACAUACUUGCAUAUAGCUUAGUAGUUAGCUAACGUCGUCUAUCACUGUUCGGUGUCCAGCCUCUGAAUAAUAAGGGGCAUUAAUGAGGGCGGUAAGUUAGCUGUCUGCCUUUAGCCUGACUUUUUAAGGCAACCUCUGACCUUUCGCUGGCGCUGCCUCCGAGAGGUACCUGCUACUGUACUCAGAUCAGAUGACUCAGUGAGGCCACACUGGUUCAGCUGCCGGUGCCUCGGAUGUCCAAGUACAAACUCUUUCUGCUGAGGCAUGGGGAGGGGGCCUGGAACAAAGAGAACCGUUUCUGCAGCUGGGUGGACCAGAAGCUGAGCGAGGAUGGGGUGAAAGAGGCCCAGGACUGUGGCAGACUCCUGAAGGAGCAGGGCUACAAGUUCGACUUAGUAUUCACCUCCAUACUCAGCCGCUCCAUCCAGACAGCGUGGCUGGUGCUGGAGGCCAUGGGUCAGGAGUGGGUCCCCGUGGUCAAGGCUUGGAGACUGAACGAGCGCCACUACGGUUCCCUGAUUGGCUUGAACCGAGCAGAGAUGGCCCUUCAACACGGAGAGGAAAAGGUGAAGUUGUGGAGAAGGAGCUACGACAUCACUCCACCUCCGAUUGACGAAUCCCACCCUUACUUCCUUGAAAUCUACAACGACCGCAGGUACACCACCUGCGACGUGCCGAAAGAUAGCCUGCCCCGAGCAGAGAGCCUGAAGGAGGUGUUGGACAGGCUGCUGCCAUACUGGGAGAGCACUGUGGUGCCAGAGAUAAGGAAAGGCAGGACUGUGCUCAUCUCUGCUCAUGGAAACAGCUGCAGAGCCCUGCUGAAACACCUGGAAGGUAUAUCGGACCAGGAUAUUGCCAGUGUGACGUUACCCACAGGGAUACCGGUGCUGCUUGAGCUGGAUGAAAACCUCAAGCCUGUGAAACCUCGACAGCUCCUGGGAGACCAGGCGAAGAUUCAGGCGGCGAUUAAAAAGGUGGAGGAUCAGGGGAAAGCCAAACCAUCAACUUGAAUGCACUAAACUGCCCGUAAAACGUUUAUUUCUCAGAUAACUCAUCAUGUAACACCAGACAGUAACAACAACAAACUGUUGUUAAUAAGAUUUAAAGGAAAGGUAGGGGUAAGUCUUACAGUGAAGUUGCUGUAUGUGUAAUAGUGGCCUGACCUGAAUGACCAGUGUGUGUGUGUGUGUUACGGGUCAAACGGGCUGACAGGCCCAGGAGGAAGUUUAGAGAUGUACUGUAAAUGUUUCAGCACUGUUCUGAGUUGUAUUAUGUGUAAGCAUUGAGGAAGCGUUUGUUUUUUUAUGUUAUUUUUAAGCUACUUGUCCCUUCUCCUGCCUGUAUGGUGACCCUACAGUGGUUAUUUAUUUAUUUACACACUGACUCUACCUUAGCAGAUUAAUAGUAAUGUGUUGAAGCUGAGAAAUCUUGAAAUAUGCUCAUUUCCAGAAAGAAAGAAAGAAAGAAAGAAAGAAAGAAAGAAAGAAAGAAAACUCCUUUCUGAAAGAUGCUUUUCUGUUACAUUGAUGAGCUUUAGGGAUAUUCAUGUGCCUUCAGUGUUAACAUAGUGCUCAGGCUUAUUUUAAGUAGAGCAUCAGAUCAUUUCAUUUUAUUUAAUUUAAUUUAAGAAUAAAAGCUUUCAGCACUCUGUUAACAAAUCUUAUCUCAUAGAAACUGAUAGCUAGAAUGGGAUAAUUGUGAACCACAGAAAUGCUGUAAAUAUGCAAAACCACUGAAAUCCUGUCCCACACUGAUGUGUUACUCAUACUUUUAAAAUGGCCUACUCAGUGAGUAAGAGUAAGACAGCUGAAGUUGUGUUUCUGUGAGGUUUAUACAGUACAUUAACUCUAAAACACUGUGGCUAACAAACAUUGCUAUUUGGGUCUGAUAACUUUUUAUGCUUUGCACUUUUAUGAUGAUGUUUUAAAUUGAUCUCCUUUUUGAUUAAAAGCAACUGUGAAUGAUAAAUGCCAUUAUUGUGGAUGAAUAUGAAAAUAAUAAUAAUAAUCCAAGCACUAUUUUGGUUUCCAUUUUACAUUAGAAAUGAUCAUACAUGUGUAAUUUGAUGUUGCUUAUGUAAUGUUAAUAACAUGAGUGGUUACAAGCCGCUCUUGAGCACAUUUUGUCUCAUAGCAGCACUAUCUUAUUUCAUCUUAUGUUACUACUGUGUGUGGCACAGGCUGCUUCAUUGUACUGUAUGUUGUGUUUGCCACUGUUGUUCUGUGCACUGGUCUGUUAGGUUAACGGGGAAAAGAGAUGAGAACAUGCAUUUGACGAUAAUUGAGUAGAGAACACUGGUAUAUUUGUCAUUUCAUGUAAUAUGAUGUCAUGUCUUCCCUGGUGUUCACACCUCACCGUAUAAGAGUCUGCAUGAUGAAAUAAAAGGGAAUUCAAAUUUUCCUAAA